AUUAUGGACCUGCAGCAUCAAUUAUUGCAACAGCACAAAAUAUUAAAUAACAGCAAAGCUAAGGAUGCUCAAAGUUUGAGUCUACAAGCUCAGCUAGGGGAAAAAAACAAAUUGGAACGGAACAGUUUCCAAACAGUGAAGGAGGUUUUUCAAAACUCUUCCCUAACUGAAAGUGAGGAUGAGUUGGCGUUAGGCGAACACAGUCAGUUAUUCAGUCCACCACCUGACAGUGUGUUAAAUUUAAAUUCUGUUAGUGCUGCACUAAAAGAAUUGUUAAUAAUAAGUCCAUGCAGCGAAGGAAGUGAAGAAUUGUGGGACCGUAUUUGGGCCGAAAAUGGGUGUGGUACGGAAACUCAGAAAUGGCAUGAGUUCAACAUAAAACAUGGAUUAGAAUUUUAGCGGGGGAUCAAGUAAAAUCUGGAAGUGUUACAGGAUGCAAGAGUGAGCCUACAGUUGAAAAACACUGAAAGUGCAUUACCAUUAAGGUAUGAGCUGCUUCUCUUGCUAAAGAACAACUUGUCCUUUACGUUCAAGGUGUUGGUGAAACUGGGUACUUAAAUGGCUCUAAAGAUGUUUCACUUCGCUGGCAUUGCAGCGAUGAACAUCAUACAUGGACUUUUUAGGAAAGGAUUUUCAGCAUACUGGGAACACAACUAUCAACAAUGCAACAUUCUAUGGGUGCUGUUUUAUCAUUCAAGAGCCUUAUACAAUGAUUUUCAUCUGCAAUUUGUAUGGCCUUUCCCAAGCUUCUGCCAUAAGUUGAAUCUAUGAGUCAUGUAAGUCACAUGAGCAACAAUUGAGAUGCUUAAUGGUGUUGUUUUUCUUUUCUCAGUAUAGGUUAAUAGUAACAUUGGAUCUGAAAAGAUUCUUGGUUGGGGCAAGACACUGAAUAAAUUGUAAUGAUUGAAUGGAUGACAUGACAUUUCUAUACUUAAUUCGAAUUCCCGAGACGGUAUUUUAUAUUUAAAAAAUUGAAGUGCAUAUCUGGGCUCCCUUCUUUCUGUAGCCCCGUUUCCCUUAAAUUUUUAAUAAGCCCGUAGGGGGUCAUGCCCCUACUGUACGGUAUAUUUAAAAACAACAUAUACCGAGGUUUGGAGGGCUCUGGCCGGAAAGGGGACGUGGGGUGUCCGCUUAGUCCGAUGAUGUGUUCACGGAGGGCGAUGUGGCUGCCCACAAAUCCGAACUAAAGGUUAAUCGCUCCUGUAAAAAUGUUCCAAAUCUUCAGCUCUCCUUCCGGCUUCUCUUAGCCAAUCACCGGGUAAUCUCCCCGGUGGGUCAACAAGGCAGUG